UAAACGAGAGGCACGCAAUAUGGCUAUGAUGAGGUUUCUAUCUGUCAAAUGAAAGUAUUUUUAAUGCUCAGGUGACUGUAGGUAUAUUGCAAGUCGUAAGCUGUUAUAAGGAUGUUUGACGUUUAAUUGAUUUACAACUAAACAUGCGAGAUGCAUCGUCGGUAUAUGACACAUGCGAUCGAACGUGAUGUAUUUCGAUAUAAACUAGGUUAUGUUCUGGGACUGGACGAAUAAAGCGACGGAGCUUUGCUGCAGGUUUACAGAGAGAUAUUUCUCGAGAAUACGUGAGUCUAGAUUUUGCCGAAAAUUAUGACUCGAUCUUCUAUAUCGGCGCAAUACGACUUAGUCGCGUCGUAUAUGGAUGGAGUUCACGUUAAGAUCGCAGAGGCCUACAAACCGCCGAGGAAAAUCGGUCUACCCGCGGCGUACAACAAUAGAUUAUCAGACGUGUCGAAAGUGAUGUACGACUUUAGUUUGGAGAGAUCGGUGCUCGAUAAGAUGACUGAAUGGCGCAAAGCCAGACAAGCAACCAGCAAAGCACGCCAAGCUCGUUUGGAAGAAAAGAAAAAGAAGGAAAUAGAGGAGACACCUCCUUCACCACCACCUAUGCCAACAGACUAUGUGAAACAACUGCCUAUCAAUACAGCACCUGCUCCAGAAACGACAAUACUCAUGCCUCAACCUUUGUCUCCACCAGCAAACGAUCUUCAGGAUCAUGUGAAGACAAAUGGUCUGGACUUUGCUGACUUUGAUAAUGACACAAGUAGCCCCUUUGACAAUAUGGAAUUGAAGACUAUUAAUGAUAUGGAGGAAUUGGCACAGGUUUUACAACCUAGAUCGCAGUGGGUGCCAGCUGGGAAAUUGGAAAACAUCAUAAACGAAUUAACGAUCGACGAUACCGCCGAGAUUCAUAAUGAGGAAAAAGCCGACGAUACGAAAAAUCAAACGGACGAUCACAUCGAAACGGAUCAAUCGCAGCACCACAAUGUUGAGAACCACCGCAGUGUUUCAGCAAUAGUACAGGAACUUCAGAAAGAAUUGGAAAGGCCUAUUAUGGAGAGUUGGAAACCAUGGCCCGAUUUAGAGAGUCCAGGUACUGACGCAUGUGGAACUCUGAAGCAUGACGACACAAUCCCGACGUCUAAUCACACGAAACCGAUGCACCCGUUGUCGGAUUUGACAGAAGAGGAUCAAAAAUUGGCCAGGCACUUAAGCGACAUGGGUUUCCCUUUAUCGAGAGCGGCGCGCGCGAUACGGGACUUAGGUGGAGAAGACAACAAAAAGAUCGUGGAGUAUCUGUUGGCCGUCCAAUCUUUAGAAGAAAGCGGUAUUUCGGGUGACGAUGCCGAGAAAGCAUUGGCGCUCACACAGUACGAUCAAAAUAAAGCGAGGAUCUACUACGAGAGCCUAUGCACGCUGAGGGAUCUAGGAUUCCCCGAGGACGAAGCCUCAGUGGCAUUACUCAAGUGCAAUAUCGAUCGUGAUAGGGCGUUGGAUCUUCUGAUCGCUUAAGCAAAUCGUUGUUAAUAUCCGUAAAAUACGAUAGGCUGCGAAAUAUUUUCUUGUAAUUUGAUUUUACGCGGAAAUGGAGUUAUUGCGAAAGAAAUUAAAGUUUUUAUAUCGCGUGAAAAAUAUCGCGUUAAAUCGCAACGUAUAUUUUAAUAAAAAAAAGAUGGUAUUCAGCUACUAGUCUUGAACAAUGAUAUCUGUGAAAGCUACGUUUGCAGUGCUGUUCUCUGAUAAUUUAACUCAAUAAUCUGUCAUUGCGUUAUAGAAUCUGAAUUCUUACUGGGCAUUAUCAAAUGGAAGUCAUUACCAAUAAGCCAGAAUAAAUUAAAUAAAAUAGAUAGUUUAGUUUAUGAAGCUGAGAAGGUUUUAAUGACGUACACAACGAUCUUUUAUUUUCCUAUUAUCUCUUAUAUACACAGAAAUAUUUUAAUUAAGCAUUUAACAAAGAGAGUUCAUCAAUUGAUAGGAUACCAAUGAAGUUUGUUAAACGUGCUCGAAUGCGUAGCGAAUGCAGAGGCACAGCUGCAAGAGAAAUUAAAGGAGAGACUUAUAAAUUCAUAUAAACUCAGGUACUACAAUUACAUCCACCUUACCUUUUACUGCAACAUAGAGCUAUCGUUAUCAUGGACUUCACGUGAUGGCUAAUACCGAUAAUGAUCCAUGCUUCUGUGAAUAUAGGUUGCUGACAGUGUGAAUUUACGCAGACGCUGACGGGUCCGUUCGUUAAUAAAUUGUACAAAGUACAGUUCAUAGUAGACAACAUGAAGUCUAGCUUAGUAUCCUUAGGGAGCGGACUAUAGAGUAUCGUUACACUCAAGGGAGAUGUGAAAACAUCGAGCGUAUGCUUAUACCUAAAACGUAUUUGUGUUAGAAUUACAAGAUACUUAUUUCUACUUUGGAAUAAGAAAGGCCAAAGUCAGAAAUUAAUAAUUUGACAUUACGAGAAUCACAAUGUUCCUUUGUGAAUUGUUAUGAAUAUUUCAUAUUCACAAGAGAGGAUGCUGCUGACGCGCGCAUUAAUGAUUCUUCUUCCAGCCAAAGUUGCCGAUGUGAUUAAGCCAAAUCAUAUUUUCUCGACGUUGGCCAUUCUAUGUUCAUUCAGUACAAUCAUAAUUUUAUAGAAGAAAGCGAGAAUAUUCCUGUUCCUUAUAUAAGCCUUUUCGAUUACCUCUCAGUAUAAAUUUUUCUCAGUGCUAAUUCCCACAGGGAACAAGUCACAUUCUUGUGAAACUCGUGAAUUUUCAAAAGCUGCCGUGGUAAUUCGAUUAUAACAUCAGUGUCAUUUUCGUACAGUCCUUUCAUUUCAAUGUACAGCUUUAUAUUUGUGCUUAACACAUUAGUAUCGUAGUGCGUUUUGAAACAUCUGUGAUUGUAUACAUAGAUUGUAUAAUAAUGUAAAAUCUACUUUAUAUACAUGCUACUUCACGAAGCAAGAUAA